AUGCAUCAAGUCUAUGAUAAUCUAUUCAAAGAUACACCUGCUGCCGACGUUAAAUUGAUUGUUGGCAAUAAGAAUCGUCGUCCGGUAAAAACUGAACUCAUUUGUAAACGACCUAAACAAUCUUUACUUAUCAAUAAGUCAUUCAAAAAACGACAAAGAAAAAGAAAACAAUCACGAAAAUCAAAUAUAUCUGAUCCAAAUGGUCAAUAA